AUGGCUUCUUCAUCAAAUCCCAAGAAUGCUUCGUCUUCUCAGCAACAACAACAACAAGUUCAAGAUCAACCUCAACAACAACUUGUUAUGCAGAAGACUUGUUUGAUUCCUAUGGAUGAUUUAGAAGUUAUAUGUGAAAUGAUGAUCGAUUUUGACAAUCUAGAAGACAACGACAUUCAUUUGAAGGAAAACAUGAUUUUUCAGGGUCGGGAAGCAUUCUUUUACAAUUUGUGUGGAUCAGUUUACCCAGAUUUGGUCAAAGAAUUUUGGGUUCAUGCAACAAUCAUGCCUAAAGCCAUUCUUUCUAUUGUUCAUGGCGAAGCAAUCACCAUUACUGAAAAUCUUUUAACAAAAUUGUUUGGUUUGGAAACUAUUGAAGGUGCUUCUGGAGCAAUAUUAGGAAGAACAAAUUGGAAUGAUGUGUAUGCAGAAAUCAUCAAGUCUGGAAAAGAGUCUAUGGAAAUCAAGGAAUUGAAGCUCCUUACAGAAUAUGGGCUAAGAUCCUUCUAG